AUGAUCAAUACUAGUAGUAAUGUUAUUGCAAAUAGUCAUAUAGGUGUAAAAGAGAUACUAUUGAAUUCGAUUCAACACCUAUCGACAAGAGGACUGCUGAACAGUUCAAAGUGGUCGUGUGAACAGUUAAAAGGAUUGGUGCAAGGAACCGUCGCCAAUCAACUACCAAGCUACUACAAAGAAUCAAUCAUCAACCAGACAUCUAGUCACGAGUAUGGCAGUCAAGAGCACAUCGACUAUCUACUGGCAAAGAACUAUUUCGACUUGAAAGAGUAUCAGCGAUGUGCAGAUCAUUUGAAAGAGACGAGCGCUAUCCACCCAGUCAACCAAUUCCUCUACUAUUACUCAACCUAUCUAUCGAGUGAGAAGAGAUUUGCACAGAAAUCAAUCGAACUACAAAAUCAAUAUCAACUAGAACAACAGCAACAACAGCAUCAACAACAAGGAGGAAAUAAUAAUAAUGCACCCAAUCAUGAAGAUGAUCCAACUAAACCAACCAACAAUAGUAAUAAUAAUAAUAAUCCAAACAGUCAAUUUGGUGAUGGAAAGAUGGUUGCAUCUGCUACACACUUUAAAUCAACAAGUAAGGAAUUACAACAACUAUGUUUUGAACUAGAUAAACUUUACAACAACAAUAACAAUAAUAAUAAUAAUAACAAUAGAAGUAUUGAUGAUGAUGAUACUAGUGAUGAUCAAGAUACUAGUCAGAGUGGUAGUAGAAAUGUAAAUUUUAAAAAGGAUGCAUUUCUAUUAUACAUGUAUUCAAUGGUAUUAAAGAGAAAGGGUGAUCAAAUCAAAGCAAGGCAAAUACUAUUGGAAUCAUUACAUUUGUAUCCAUGUAAUUGGUCAGCAUGGUUGGAUUUGGCAAGUCUAUGUACAGAUAUUCAACAAGUUUCACAACUAUCGUUGCCACCAAGUGACCACUUUAUGAAAGACUUUUUCCUUGCGCAUCUCCUUCUCCAACUUCACCAAACCUCUGAAUCACUUCAAGUUUAUAAUCGUCUCUUGUCCACUUUUCCAAAUUCAACUUAUAUCUUGGCUCAAAUUGCAAUUUGUAAUUUUAAUCAAAGAGCAUAUGAUGUAGGAGAAGAAUUAUUUGAAAAAUUAUUAAUUAAAGAACCACAUAGAUUGGAGAAUAUAGAUAUUUAUAGUAAUAUACUAUAUGUUCGAGAUAAAAAGGCUAGUUUGAGUAUGUUGGCACAUCGAGCAAUGGAGACUGAAAAGUAUUGUCCAGAGACUUGUUGUAUUGUAGGCAAUUACUAUAGUUUGAAAUCAGAGCAUGACAAGGCCAUUGUAUAUUUCCAAAGAGCACUUCGACUCAAUGAAAAUUAUCUCGAAGCUUGGACAUUGAUAGGACAAGAGUUUUUGGAAACUAAAAAUGUUAGUAUGGCAAUCAAUGCUUAUCGUCGUGCUGUUGAUAUUAAUUCAAAAGAUUAUAGAGCUUGGUAUGGUUUAGGACAAACAUAUCAAUUAUUAAAUUUACCAUUAUAUUCAUUAUAUUAUUUUAAAAAGGCAACAACAUUGAGACCAUACGAUCCAAGAAUGUGGUGUGCGGUUGGAGGAUGUUAUGAAACUCUACAAAGAAUACAAGACGCAAUCAGAUGUUAUGAGCGGGCAGAAGAGAAUUUUGACCGUGAGAAUGUCGCAUUGUCCAAGUUGGCUAAACUAUACCAAGAGAUGCAAAAUCACGAAAAGGCAGCAUACUAUUAUAAAAAGAAUCUUUUACGACUCGAUCAUGAAAAGGUUGAUAGCAAAGAGAUUAUAAACGCCCUUCUUUUCCUAGCCAACUACCACAAGAAUAUUAAACAAUACGAUGAAUGUGAAAAGUAUUGUCUUCGUCUAUUGGAUUAUGCAGGUCCAGAAAAAGAAGAAGCUAAAUCAUUAUUAAAAGAUCUUAAAAAAAUGUAA